CUCUGGACUAGGCCGGGACGGUGACCGGGCGCGGCGGGAGGGAGGGAUCCAGAGAAAGCCAGCCUAGGCCACAAAGCCGCUGAGCCGCGGUCCCCAAUCCCCGCCCCUCUCUGGGCCACUGCGGUCCCUUUAAGGGCCAAGAGGUGCGCGGUCUCUUUAAGGCAGGUCCUGGUGGUUUCUGUUUUCUGAAGGAAGUGACGGGGGGUGGGAUUGAAUGAAAAGUGCUGAACGGAGUCGGGAGCUCAGGAAUCGGGGCAGCUGGGGGGGACACGCACGGGGGGCGCCGUCCCGGACUCGGGGUGCGUGGCUGUACGCGGCCCACGUGAAUUCGCAGCACGUCGUGGGGAACCUCCGGAUUGAGUCUCCCCCUCUGGAAGGGGGGACUGCCGGGAAUCCCCGAACCGGACCCCCAACUUCGGGCAAACUUUGUAGGCGCGUCUCCCCUCCCCCACGCGGCGCGCCGGGGGCCCCGGGGAUGCGGCCCCCUGGCCGCCGCGACGUCCCCUCGGCGCGCCCCGCGCUGCCGCCGCUGCUGCUGCUGCUGCUGUCGCCGCUGCUGCUUGGGGCGCCGCACGGCGUGGGCGCGGGCAGCGGCGCCCCGGCCGAGCUGCGGGUCCGUGUGAGGCUGCCCGACGGCCAGGUGAUUGAGGAGAGUCUGCAGGCGGACAGCGACGCCGACAGCAUCAGCCUGGAUCUGCGCAAACCCGACGGCACUCUCAUCUCCUUCAUCGCGGAUUUCAAGAAGGAUGUGAAGAUAUUCCGAGCCCUGAUCCUGGGGGAGCUGGAGAAGGGGCAGAGUCAGUUCCAGGCACUGUGCUUUGUCACAAGGCUGCACCACAAUGAGAUCAUUCCCAGUGAAGCCAUGGCCAAGCUCCGGCAGAAAAACCCCCGCGCAGUGCGGCAGGCUGAAGAAGUGCGGGGCCUGGAGCAGCUCCAUAUGGACGUCGCCGUUAACUUCAGCCAGGGGGGGCUGCUGAGUCCCCAUCUCCACAACGUGUGUGCUGAGGCCACAGAUGCUAUCUACACCCGCCAGGAAGAUGUCCAGUUCUGGACAGAGCGAGGUGUGGACAGUUCUGUGUUCGAGGCUCUGCCGAAGGCAUUAGAACAGGUGGAAUUACCUCGUUGUGGACAAGUGGGGGACCGAGGAAAGCCCUGUGCCUGCCACUACAGUCUGAGCCUGGCCUGGUACCCUUGCAUGCUCAAGUACUGCCACAGCCGUGAUCGGCCAGCACCCUACAAGUGUGGCAUCCGAAGCUGUAGGAAAAGCUACAGCUUUGAUUUCUAUGUACCUCAGAGGCAGCUCUGCCUCUGGGAUGAGGACCCCUAACUACAGGAGACAGAGGACCAAGAAUGGAUGCUUGGACCCACAAGCUCUUCUGACGACCAGAGGGCGUGGGAACCCAAUCCGAGGCCUAAGGUCUCUUCCUGAGCCUCUGGCCCUGAAACCACAGCCUCAUCUGCUUGACUGUGAAAGGGUGUCACAGUACAAGCCACCUUGAGGCAGCCCUGAUGCCACCCGUGCCCAUCCUGAAGCAGAGGGUGAAAAAGCAGUUCUCCAGACUGGUGGGUGCCCUCCCCUCCUUUCCCCUGAAAUGUCCCACAUACGUGGACAAACUGCACCGGCCCCGUAGCACACCUUCUCACCAGCAAGGGAACUGGAGAGGGACAGCUGAGGACUCAUGCCCCAGCUCUUGUGUCUGGUUACAGUGCCUUCUCUCUAUCCUGGGGACAACGGGGAGCAGGGAUGCCACCCCCAAGAUCACCACGUGUGCCUUUCCUGAGACCCAAUUUGGAUAAUUCCACAGGCAGGCACCGAUUCUUCCUGCCUCUGGACUGAAAUACUUUGGCAAGGUUCUGGGGCAGGGAGGGAGCAUGAAGUACAAGAAAAACUUGAAUUCCAGAUUUUAAAUGCAAAAUAUUUAUCAUUUGUACCAGAAAUAAAAGUCUUUAAGUUUUUCACUCA